AUGCCACGAAAAGAUCUCUCCCUCAAGGAAAAAAUUGAAAUUUUAGACAAAGUGAAAUUACUUCCUUCAGGCACUUCACAACGUAAAAUUGCUGAAAAAUUAUGUGUUCCAAAAUCAACGGUGGCGAAACUACUCAAAGAAGAAGUAAUUUUACGGGAAAAAUUCAACUCAACUCAAAAUGGCAAUCAAAAACGUAAACGGGAAGGGAAAGAUCCUGAAGUUGAGGAAGCUUUAAGUGAAUGGUUUUCAUUGAUAACAAGCCAUGGUGUUCGUGUUUCUGGGCCAAUGUUGAAAUGCAAAGCCAAAGAAUUAUCUCAGAAAAUAGGUAACAAUCAAUUUAUUGCUACUGAUGGUUGGUUAAGUAGGUGGAAAGUUAGACAUGAUAUCAAAUUCAAAAGUUCUCAUGGUAAAAAAGCAAGUGCUGAUGUAUCUACCUCUAAUGAUUGGAAAACUAACAGACUGCAAAAAAUAUUGAACAACUUUAGCCCAGAUAAUAUAUUUAAUGCAGAUGAAACUGGAUUGUAUUAUCGAGCAACGCCUGACGGUUCUUUAUGUUUCAAAAAGGAAAUGUUAUCCAGUUCAGAAAAAGCAAUGGAGAGAAUUACAGUUUUAUUAUGUGUCAAUAUGACCGGGAAUGAUAAGAAAAAGCUGCUAAUAGUGGGGAAAAGUUUAAAACCUCGAUGCUUUAAACAUUGGUCCAUAAAUAAAAUUCCAGUGCAUUACCACUCGAAUAAAAAUGCGUGGAUGACUUCAACCAUAUUUUCGAACUGGCUGUGUGAAUGGGAUAAGGAAUUGCAAGCAAAAUCUAGGUCCAUACUUCUUCUUAUUGAUAACUGCACUGCACAUCCAAAAAACAUUGAACUUAAAAACAUAACUUUAGAAUUCUUACCACUAAACACAACAACUUUAAUUCAACCCUUAGGUAUGGGUAUUAUCAAAGACCUCAAGAUGAGGUAUAGAAUGAAACUGGUUAAUUUUAUUCUUGAAAAGAUUGAGGAAAAACUGUUUGAUUCAUCUACAUCUGCUAACCAAAUAAGUGGCAAAAUAAAUAUGCUGCAAGCCAUACAAUUUAUAUCUGAGAGCUGGCGAGAAGUUAGCUUACAAAAUAUUCUUAAAAAAAGGAAAUUGGAAGAAGUAAAAGAAGAAGAAGAAGAAGAAAACGACUAUACUGAUCCACCAGUUACAGUUAAAGAGGCUAAAAAAUGCAUUGAUUUACUGCAGAAGUUUUUCAUGCAAGAGGGUAACGAAAAUAGUCCAUCUGAUAAGCUUGAAGAAUGUGCCCAUUUUGUUAACCAGAUCUAUACUAAACAGCUUAGACAACGUUUUAUACACCUUCCACAUUCAAAUAGUAAUUUUAUUUAG